ACGGUUCCCAGUUCCCACAUGAGACAAUCACAACACUACUCUACUCGCCGCCCGCGCCGCUCCCCCACCCCGCACGCUUCUCUUCUCUCCCCUUCUCCCUCGCCUCCGAUGGCGACGCUGCAGCUCAACCACAUCGCGCGGGAGACCUCCGACGUGCCCCGCCUCGCGGCCUUCUACGAGGCCGUGCUGGGGUUCGAGCGUGUGCCUUCCCCCAACUACUCGGGCUUCCAGGUCGCCUGGCUCCGCCUCCCGAAAUCGCCCGACGUCGCGCUCCACCUCAUCGAGCGGGACCCCGCCGCGGCACCCGUCGCGGUGGGGCCCGGCGCCGAGGGCGCGCCGCCGUCGCAGCUGCCCCGGCGCCACCACCUGGCCUUCUCCGUCGCCGACUACGACGGGUUCGUGACCGGGCUCAAGGCGCGCGGCACCGAGCUGUUCGAGAAGACGCAGCCCGACGGGCGCACGCGCCAGGUCUUCUUCUUCGACCCCGACGGCAAUGGCCUUGAAGUUACUAGCUCGGGUGCAGGCAGUGAUAAGUAAUUUGUGAGCUUGAUUUGCUGGCUCCUUCUGCUUUAGCAUCUGCAGAUGCAUAUGGGUACUACAUUGAUGAUCUGAUGCAGGUUGGUUGCAGGCAAAUGUAAAAUCGAAGAUGUUUCCAGACCAAGCUUUGUUUCGAUAAAUAAAUAAAUCCGAAGCUUAUCAAGUCUGCAAAUCCACUUCCUAUGUUGUAAUAUGAUUCUGUAGUCUGUACUCGACUGGAUUUUACUGUAUGACAAAUGAAGUUUGACUGCUUUGCUUCUCGUCAGCUUCGCAUAAGUGGUUCUAGUUCCAGAAAAUUAAAGCAAAGGGGAUAAUUCUA